AUGGAGCAGCACACCUUUCGUCGCCGAGGCCUCGGUCUUCGCGGGGUCGAUCCACAGCAGGUGUCUCCAGGCUACGUGCUGUACUCGCCUCUAACCUCCAACACAGCCCAUCUAGUCUCCACAUCCGGACAUGAAGUGCAUCGAUGGAUUCUGCCUCACCGAUCUGGCCGCCAUGCUCGAAUCCUGCGUGACGGAACACUAGCCUACAAUGGCGCACACCCUGAUGCUGCGACACUGUUCCCCAUGUGGUCCAAAUACCGCGGCGGUGUCAUGAUGCAGGUGAACGACAAGGGCGAGAUUCUGCGACAGUACUCCGAUCCAUUUGCACAUCACGACCAGAACCAUCUUGACGACGGCACUCUCCUCUACACGAAUUUAGAACCUUUGACGCCCGAAGAGGCAGCUCGGGUAAAAGGUGGGAUCCCUGGCAGUGAGGCACCGGGUGGCGUGGUAUACGGUGACUGCAUCAAACUCGUAGAUCCAUGGUCAAAGACCACCAAGUCCUCAUCCGCCGACUUCGACGGCACAGGCGGCGCCGGCGGAGCCAAGCUCCUCUGGUCAUGGCGAGCCAUCGACCACCUUGACACAUCCAACUUCGCGGCGCACCCACACUACUCACGCGAACACUGGCCGCUGAUCAGCAGCAUCUCCAUUAACUCGCAGGGCAACAUCGUGGCAUCGACCCGCAAUGCCUCCAGCGUCUUCAUUAUCUCUCGACAGACCGGAUCUGUGACAUGGGAAAUAUCCGCACCAACGGUGUGCCAACAGCACUGCGCCCACGAAAUCAACGCCGCUGGCGACAUUCUCAUUCUCGAUAACGGCGUGUUUCGACCCGAGAUUUCCGUGCCUGUCUCCCGCGCCAUUAUCGUCAACCGCUCCAAGAAGGUGAUCUGGGAAUAUAAGGACUGCACCACGGGCGGACUCGGCUUCUUCACCCCGUGCAUGGGAUCGGCGCAGAAGCUACAGAAUGGCAACGUGCUGAUCUGCGAAGCUGCCUCGGGGCGGAUUAUCGAGGUUACUGGGCACGGGCAGAUGGUGUGGGAGUUCGUGGUGCCGCAGCUGGAUGAUUACAGUCGGGUUAUGGAUCCGGAGGAACUGGGUCAGAUGGAGAAGAUGGGGUUUUCGUAUCCGAGUAAUGCGGUCUUUCGCGCGUAUAAGUAUCUGCCGCACGAAGUGCCGUGGUUGAAGGAGGUUAAGCCUAGGGGAGGAUAUCUUUGUGGAGGGAGUGUUGCAUUGUACUGA